AUGGCGACAGAGACUACCCCUAAGACCAUCAAGCGGUUAAUCGCUUGCUGCGAUGGCACCUGGAUGGAUAGUGACAAUGGCUACGAAGAAGCCGGCUUGCUAAGAAAAGAGGGUUCUCUUCAGAUACCUUCCAACGUUACUCGAAUAUCCCGUUGCUUUGAGAAGAGGUGCAGCGAUGGCAAGCUUCAAGUUGUCAACUAUGAGUCAGGUGUUGGUACAGGGAGCAACGUACUCGAUAGUAUUACUGGCGGUGCUUUUGGUAUGGGACUCGCAGAGCGUAUGCGGGAAACAUAUUCGUUUCUAUGUUCCAACUAUAUGGAUGGCGAUGAGAUAAUACUCGUUGGUUUCUCCCGAGGUGCUUUCACAGUCCGGUCUGUGGCAGGUAUGAUUGGCAAUUUAGGCCUACUCACACGGGAGGGCGUUGAGUUCUUCUACCCUAUCUUCAAAGAUAUGCAGCAUUGGAUGGACUAUGAUUAUGAAGAUCCAUUCCCUAACAUUCCAUUCCCUGAUAAACCCAAAGGAGAGGACGCUGCGGACGUUUACAGGGCUCGCUUGGAACAACUCGGCUACACUCGUGUGAGGCGGAGUGAAGGACAAGGUGACAUCAUCACCAUCAAAGCAGUGGGUGUCUGGGAUACCGUGGGUAGCCUCGGAAUUCCUAGAGUUUUAUGGCUGGAGAAACUGGGAAUUCGUGCCGACAAUGAUGAAUAA